GCGUUGGGUGGGUCUGUCUACCUCCCGGCGCCGCAUGAAGACUUUCUUGCCCGGCAUCCCAGCCCUCCUGCCGGACACAACCACUCUCGCACCAACCUGCCACCAUUACAACCUGUUGAUCAGCUGCAGGCGCGGACCAACCGUCGCAAUCACGGAGAAUACAUCCGACCUAGAAUCUCUAGUCCCCGUCAGAAGUUCCAGCAAGGCGCGUCUCAGUCGCGUAUAAGUGAUCGCACUUCAGCACCGCCAAGAUGCCUCCUCGCUCCGAGCGAGCGAGCGGCCACGACACCGACGCGUCCAUGCCAGACGCCACGGCCAGCAAAGCCCCACAGGGCGGCGACUCAAUGGAUGUGGACGAGACCCCCGACAUGACCGAUUCGGAUACGAACCCAAACACCACUGCUAGCAGUGUCAUGGGCGAUUCGACCGUUGAUGGACGGAAACGCCGCACGGAGGCGAAUCAGUUGCGCCGUAGCAUCUUUGGUCGCAAACAUGAUCGGCUGGGCGAGUCAAAGGAGGAUGAUACUCUGCGCAGAUUCAGGUAUCUUCUCGGCCUCACAGACCUGUUCCGGCACUUUAUCGAAACGAACCCCGACCCCAAGAUCCGCGAAAUCAUGGAGCGAAUCGACACCCAGAAUGCUGAGGCGGCCAAGUCAAAAAAGAGUUCAAGUCGCCAGGGCGGCGCUGCUAGCGGCAAGCUCCGCAAGACCGAAGCCGAGGAGGACGCGGAGCUCCUCAAAGACGAGAAGUAUGGUGGCUCGGCUGAGACUGUUUUUCGCGAGUCGCCCGCCUUCAUCCAAGGAACGAUGCGAGACUACCAGAUUGCGGGCCUCAACUGGCUGAUCUCACUGCACGAGAACGGUAUCUCUGGCAUCCUGGCAGACGAGAUGGGUCUUGGGAAGACACUGCAGACUAUCUCGUUCUUGGGCUAUCUCCGGCAUAUCAUGGACAUCACCGGCCCCCACCUGGUUAUCGUGCCCAAGUCCACGCUCGACAAUUGGAAGCGCGAGAUCGCCAGGUGGACACCCGAGGUCAACGUCCUCGUCCUGCAGGGAGCUAAAGAAGAGCGUGCUGCGCUCAUAAACGACCGGCUCGUCGACGAAGACUUUGAUGUCUGUGUCACGAGUUAUGAGAUGAUUCUACGCGAGAAGGCCCAUCUCAAAAAGUUCGCCUGGGAGUACAUCAUCAUUGACGAGGCCCACCGAAUCAAGAACGAAGAGUCGUCGUUGGCACAGGUCAUCAGGCUUUUCAACUCUCGCAACCGGUUGCUCAUCACAGGUACACCGCUCCAGAACAACAUCCACGAGCUCUGGGCCUUGCUCAACUUCCUGCUGCCCGAUGUGUUCGGCGACUCUGAGGCCUUUGACCAGUGGUUCUCUGGGGAGGGUAAGGACUCGGACACAGUUGUCCAGCAGCUGCACCGUGUGCUCCGACCCUUCCUGCUGCGGCGUGUCAAGAGUGAUGUGGAGAAGAGCCUUCUUCCCAAGAAGGAAGUCAACCUCUAUCUCAAGAUGACGGAGAUGCAGCGUAACUGGUAUCAGAAGAUUCUCGAGAAGGAUAUCGACGCCGUCAACGGAGCCAACGGAAAGCGGGAGUCCAAGACGCGGCUUUUGAACAUUGUCAUGCAGCUGCGCAAGUGCUGCAACCACCCUUACCUGUUCGAGGGAGCCGAGCCUGGCCCUCCCUACACAACCGACGAGCAUCUGGUCUACAACGCUGGCAAGAUGGUCAUUCUGGACAAGCUUCUCAAGCGCCUACAGAGUCAGGGAAGCCGCGUGCUCAUCUUCUCGCAGAUGAGCAGAGUCCUUGACAUCCUGGAAGACUACUGCGUCUUCCGCGAGUACAAAUACUGCCGGAUUGAUGGAAGCACGGCCCAUGAGGACCGUAUAGCCGCCAUUGAUGAUUACAACAAGCCUGGAUCUGAGAAGUUCGUGUUCCUGCUUACCACGAGGGCCGGUGGCCUGGGAAUCAACCUUACCACGGCGGACAUUGUCAUCCUCUACGACAGUGACUGGAAUCCCCAGGCCGACCUCCAAGCCAUGGACCGUGCCCAUCGUAUCGGACAAACCAAGCAGGUUGUGGUCUACCGCUUCCUCAUCGAUAACACCAUCGAGGAGAAGGUCCUCGAGCGAGCGGCGCAGAAGCUGCACCUCGACCGCCUGGUUAUUCAACAGGGAAGAGCUCAAGUCGCCGCCAAAGCUGCGGCUAACAAGGACGAGCUGUUGUCCAUGAUCCAGCACGGAGCCGAGUCUGUCUUCAAUAGGGAAUCGGGCAAGAGCUCCAUCACAACAGCCGAUGACCUCGAGGAUGAUGAUAUCGACGGGAUGCUUGCCUCGGGUGAGAGCCGCACGCGCGAGCUCAACGCCCGCUACGAGAAGCUUGGAAUCGACGAUCUGCAAAAAUUCUCCUCCGAGUCGGCGUACGACUGGAACGGCGAGAAUUUUGCCAAGAAGAAGGACAUUGGCGCCACGUGGAUCAACCCGGCCAAGCGAGAGCGCAAGGAGCAGACGUACUCGGUGGACAAGUACUACCGACAGGCCAUCUAUGGUCACACAGGAGCACCCAAGGAGGCUAAGCCCAAAGCUCCUCGCGCUCCCAAGCAGUACCACAUCCAGGACUACCAGUUCUUCCCGCCGGAGCUCCGCGACCUGCAGGAUCGUGAGACGGCGUACUACCGCAAGGAGAUUGGCUACAAGGUUCCUUUGCCGGAUGGUGAAGAUUCUGAUCUUGCCGAGCGGGAGGCGGAGCAGGCGCAGGAACAGCAAGAGAUCGACAAUGCCGUUCCCUUGACAGAAGAGGAGCAGGAGCGCAAGCAGCAGCUCUCGCAGGAGGGAUUCUUCGAGUGGAACAGGAGAGAUUUCCAGCAGUUCGUCAACGGGUGCCACAAGUUUGGCCGUCAUGACUACGAUGGCAUCGCCACCGAGGUCGGCAGCAAGACGGCUGCCGAGAUCAAGGCGUACUCCAAGGUCUUCUGGCAGCGGUACACGGAGCUCGCUGACUACCCCAAAGCCAUCAAAACGAUCGAGGACGGCGAGGAGAAGCUUCGCAAGAUCGAGCACCAGCGCAAGAUGCUGCGCAAAAAGAUGGGACAGUACCGGGUCCCGCUGCAGCAGCUCAAGAUCAACUACUCGGUCUCGACGACGAACAAGAAGGUAUACACGGAGGAGGAGGACCGGUUCCUCCUCGUCAUGCUCGACAAGCAUGGUAUCGACUCGGAGGGCAUCUUUGAGAAGAUCCGCGACGAGAUACGCGAGAGCCCGCUCUUCCGGUUCGACUGGUUCUUCCUGAGCAGGAGCUCGACAGAGCUCAGCCGUCGAUGCACCACGCUAUUGACCACGAUCGUCAAGGAGUUUGACGACGUCAACACAACCGCCAAGGGAGCCAACGGCGUCAACGGCCGCGCGAAGCGCGAGGUCGAGGACGAGGAGAACGACGAGGAUAGCAUCCUGGGCAUGGCUCCGCCCAAGAAGAAGUCCAAGAACGGAGUAAAGAACAAGGCGCUCGAUAAUGUCAAGUCGGGCCCCGGCAGCAAGGCCACGUCGGCGGCGCCGUCGCGCGCGUCGAGCGUAAUUUCCAAUACGUCCCCGGCACCGUCGGGCAAGGGCAAGUCCAAGGGCAAGAAGAAAUGAGUUAAACCCAUAUCGGCGGGGGGUUGUAAUAUCGCAUUCUCUUGUACAUAUAGAAAAGAGAUGGGGUCAAUGGUUGAGAGAAAAGAAAAUCACAAUGUGGCGUUUGCGAAACUGGGCUGGCUUGCUUUUUACUAUUUCCUUUUUUUUUUUCCUCAAUGCGCUGGGUUCAGGGGCUUCUUCUCAUCUGCACCACGGCAGGUACAUCGCCGGACAACCGCGCCAAUGGGAGGGGAAAUGCGGGAGAUAUAUCGAUAGACCGAGAGCGUCGGGUUUGUUAUUUUUCCUCUUGGGGCGACGAGGGAUCUGAGUCUGGUUCUCUGGCUUAUGCGCUCGCAUGCAUCUAGUCAGUGGCUUCUAGCUUGAGGUAGCUAACUGGCAGUCAAAUGAUAUCGCUUGCUCUAAA